AUGGAAAAAUCGAAGAUUGACCAUAUGGUUGGUGGCAAGUUCAAGCUUGGGAGGAAGAUUGGCAGUGGAUCUUUUGGAGAACUCUUUCUGGGUGUCAAUGUGCAAACUGGAGAGGAAGUUGCUGUUAAACUGGAAUCUGUAAAGACCAAGCAUCCACAGCUUCAUUAUGAGUCAAAGUUGUAUAUGCUUCUUCAAGGAGGGACUGGAAUUCCCCAUCUCAAGUGGUUCGGAGUUGAGGCUGAGUACAAUGUCAUGGUCAUUGACCUUCUUGGACCAAGUUUGGAAGAUUUAUUCAACUACUGCAACAGGAAAUUCACAUUGAAAACAGUACUGAUGCUUGCAGAUCAAUUAAUUAACAGAGUUGAAUACAUGCAUUCGAGAGGUUUUCUUCACCGUGAUAUAAAGCCAGACAAUUUUUUGAUGGGCCUAGGCCGCAAAGCAAAUCAGGUAUAUGUCAUAGAUUUUGGCCUUGCAAAGAAGUAUAGAGAUCUUCAGACUCACAAGCACAUUCCAUACAGGGAGAACAAGAAUCUUACAGGCACAGCUCGCUAUGCAAGUGUCAACACUCACCUUGGAGUUGAACAAAGCAGACGGGAUGAUUUGGAAUCUCUUGGUUAUGUGCUUAUGUAUUUCUUAAGGGGCAGUCUUCCAUGGCAAGGAUUAAAGGCUGGCACAAAGAAGCAAAAAUAUGAUAAGAUCAGUGAAAAGAAAGUUUCAACUCCUAUUGAGGUGCUUUGUAAGUCAUACCCAUCUGAAUUUGUAUCAUACUUCCACUACUGCCGAUCGCUGCGAUUUGAAGACAAACCAGAUUAUUCAUAUUUGAAGAGGCUGUUUCGUGACUUAUUUAUUCGAGAAGGUUAUCAGUUUGACUAUGUCUUUGACUGGACUGUUUUGAAGUACCCCCAGAUUGGUGCCAGCUCUAGAGGACGGCAUUCUAGCGGGAAACCUGGUCAUGCUGGACCAUCCGCUGAAAGACCAGUAGAAAGGGUCUCAGUUGGAAAAGAGAUUCGGGAAAGAUUCUCAGGUGCCGUUGAAGCAUUUUCAACAAAAAGGGUCUCUGGUUCUAGUCCACAUGAUACUUCCCGAAACAAGACUUUGGAUAAUCCACCUGAGCUGGAAAAAGGGCGCAGUUCUUCUCGUUAUGGCAGCAACUCAAGAAAAGCCAUUAUCUCAAAUAGCAGGGCAAGUUCCUCUGGAGAACCUACUGAAGGUCGCUCGGGCCGAUUGCACUCAAGUGGUGGUCGACUUCCUUCGACUCAAAGAAUUCAACCAGGGUAUGAGCUCAAAUCAUCCCAGACUCGUGCUGCGGCUGCCAGAGGCACUCGUGAGGACACUUUCCGGAGCUUUGAAUUCCUCUCGAUCAGGAAGUGA